UGGUGCUCUAGUGGUAAGAAAACAUCCAGUUUUAGGACUAUUUCAAGAGAAGCGACAUAAUAUUUAUUAUUCCAGCUGUACUAAUAUAUGGUUGCAAUGACAGGUUUUAGAACUUAGUGAAAGUCUUUUUUUCCCCGAUUUUCUGUUUUCUGCUCACUCGUUGAAAUCAUUUUGCGAUCAGUAUGAGUGCAGAGUGUACGAGUUAUUACAGCACGGAAAAACUGUUCGUCAGUGGAUUCACCUGUCCCAAAAAUGAGGGCGACGCCAAUGCCAUUUUCUGCUGCGGAUUCAACGACAUAAAGUACUGCUGUGACGAUCCUAAUAGCUUUUUCCCCUAUGAAUAUGGUUACAUGUGGUGGCUCAGUGUGGGGGCGCUGAUAGGCCUGUCCAUCGCCGCCAUCGUUCUCCUGGCCUUCAUCGUCACGGUGUGCAUUUUUUGCUAUCUCUUCAUUGCUGCCAAACCCAGUCGGCUAGACAAUGGACUCCCACUGCAGGCUCCGGGUUCCAGUGCUUCAGAAGAGCCUGGGCUUUGCAACGCCCCCGGUGGACCACAGGGAUUCCGCAAGCACUUCCUGAGCCGGAAACUGGACUGUGACAAUCAGCCCCCCACGUCGGACCGCAUCUUUCAGCGUUGCUUCUCGGCCACAGUCCCUGCUGUCAAUGUGGAGGGGCCCUAGCCUUGCCUGGCAUGAAAAAAAAACACAGUCCCCCUCUCCAGUGGUAAUCCAUU